AUGGAUUCCCCACAAUCUGUCGUGUCACCCUUCAGGAGCUCAGUUUUGGGUGACGGUGAGAAGCACAAGUCUGAAGUUUUCUCAGGAAACUCUAGUCCCUUGUCCAAGGACAUUGAAGUGAAUGGGAAGGAAGUUGUAAUGUCAAAUGUAGAGGAGUGUCUUGGAGUGCUUGAUGUUUACAUACAUCAGGCCAGGGACAUUCAAAACAUUUGCAUAUACCACAAGCAAGAUGUUUACGCUAGGAUUUGCCUGACCAGUAAUCCUGAGAACACUGUGUCUACCAAAACCAUCAAUGGAGGAGGAAGGAACCCUGUGUUUAAUGAGAAUCUUCAAGUCAAUGUUAGAACUGUUGAUGCUUCUCUCAAAUGUGAGAUAUGGAUGCUUAGCAGGGUGAAGAAUUAUCUUGAAGACCAGUUGCUUGGUUUUACUUUGGUGCCUUUGUCUGAAGUACUAGUGCAGAAUGGGAAACUGGAGAAAGAGUUCUCUCUUUCUUCAACUGAUCUAUUCCAUUCUCCUUCAGGUUUUGUUCAGUUGUCACUUUCUUACACGGGUGCUUCACCCGAUGUUAUGGCAAUUUCUGCAAUGCCAAGCAAGGUGGCCACAGGUGCUCCUGUUCAGGAUUCGGAAACAUCCGAAUCUCUGGCCCAGGAAUUAGACAAAAUUGAGUUCCCAGAUCCCAAGAUUGCUAAUGAAGACCACUUGAUGGUUUCAGAAUACUUUGGCAUUCCAUGUGAAGAGACUCAGUGCUCUGACAGCCUGGCUACUUCUGAUGCCGAAAAUCGCAGUUGUGAAGCCGGUGUUCGGCUUGUGGAAAGCUUCUCAGCGUGCAGUGGUGAGUCUGUUCAGCCUCCUAAGGUUGAUUCCCCACCCAGCAGUGUGUCAACUAAUGGGGUUUCUUCCCCUUCUGUGCCUGCAAGCUCAGAAUCAUCUGAUGCUGCUGCUUCUAAGUCUCCCUGUCAGGAGCAAGUUUCUGGCACCAAAGAGGACAAAAAUGAGGAUGUCAAAGAUGGUGACAGUGAUUCCUCAAGUGGGGUUCCUAGUGACUCAUUCCCUAAGCCUGUUGUGACUGUGAACAUUGAGCCUGAGCCAAAGGUGGUGCAGCAGGAUAUAGUAGACAUGUACAUGAAAAGCAUGCAGCAAUUCACUGAGUCACUAGCAAAAAUGAAGCUCCCUAUGGACUUUGAAAGUGAACCAACUAGCUCAGGAAAUUCAACCACUGAGCAGAAACUACAGCCAUCAAAGAGCAAUAAUUCCCGUGUGUUCUAUGGCAGCCGAGCUUUCUUCUGA